ACGAUGAUGACUAGCGAGUUGAGAGGCCGAAUCUCAGCUGUUAAAAAGCCGAGCCAUCCCGCUAAACCCUACAUCAGGUGGAGGUCCUGCCGAAGACAGCAGUGCUCCCCGCUCUCCCCACGUUCACAAGCCGACUAUGAAGGUCCUCGUGGUCCUGGCGUGCUGCCUGGCGGCAGCCGUAGCGGGCAGGCACCCCCCGGGCAGGCAUCCCCUGGCCGCCUACGCCGACCAAGGCGUGGUUCCGGACGUGAUCGACGUGGCGCCGCCGGCCAUCCUCAAGGUUGUGUUCGGGACACGGCCACAGCAAGUGAGCGCGUCGCUCGGCGGCGAGUUGACGCCCACCCAGGUCCAGAGCCAGCCCGCCUUCUCCUGGCCCAACCACUUCGGCCCCGGACCCCAUGGACCCCACGGACCCCACGGACACCAUAGACCGCACAGGAAGGACUCCCUCCACACCCUCAUUUUAGUCGACACUGAUGCCAACGGCAGAACCAACAACACCUUCACUCGGGAGUACGUGCACAUGCUGCUGGGGAACAUCCCCGGAGAGGACGUCUCCAGAGGCGAAGUUGUGUUCAACUACGUCGGCCCUGCACCCCCACAAGGCGCAGGACUCCACCGUUACGUAGUCCUUGCCUACAAGCAGCCGGGCUACAACAACUACACCUCAACACCACCAGCAAGCCGCCAGUACUUCUCCAGCCGCCGAUUUGCCGCCAGCUGGGACCUCGGCGCCCCCGUGGCCGCCAACUUCUUCCAGGUCCAGAACGCCAACAACUGAUCGUAACGGCCAUCACCGCGGGACGCAGGGAACCGCCCCACUUUUAACGUUCCACAUCCAAGUUCAAAAGACAUGCAAAAUAAACGAGUCGCACAGCA